AUUUUCCAUCCGUGACGAAGACCGGAGGGGUGAAACGAACCGAUCGCCGACCACAACCUCGUAAUUUCUAAGAUACAUUCGCAUCCCACAAUGACAUUUAUCAAAGUCUUGGUAUCAAUUCUAUUAAUUACUAUCGUGUCUGGGCAGCCAAUAUCGUACAGUGCUUACGAUGAAAGGGAACUGUCGCGGGAACAUCCGCCAUUUUUAUUGCUGGUCGAUCGUCACGUUCCGGAAUUGGAGAAUGAAAUGUUUGACUCGGGCAACGAUCCUGGAUCAACGGUGGUCCGAACCAAGCGCAUCGGAUCUCUGUCGAUCGUGAAUUCGCUGGACGUACUCCGACAAAGAGUUCUUCUUGAACUUGCUCGACGCAGAGCGAUGCAGGCUCAGAGACAGGUCGACGCCAACCGACGUUUAAUGGAAAAUAUCGGGAAGAGAUCGUUGCCACUUUACACCGGUGGCAUGUCAAAGUCGAUCGACUCCAGAACGAGAAACGGAAUCGAAUACACGGUCGAUCGGGAUGAAAAGAGCCACGAUCCAAGCUUAGCGUCGGAGAGAAUGCCCGCAAAAGUGGAGGAUUGGCUACAAACGGACGACGCCACUUUUCGAGAAAGACAAGACGACCAACCGCGAAGGGUGCAGGCAAACGAGCUGCGUUUACUCUAAUCGACUCGACCAGAAGAUCGAAUCACAACUAUCGCUGUUACGGUUUUUUAUCUAACGAGCCAAUUACGAUAUAGUUUACCUAUUUAUUCGUCAUAUUCCUC